AUGUUACUUCGAAACGUCUUCAACUCCUACUUCGUUCCCAUCCGGGCAAAUACCUUGGGGGCUCGGCGGGAGCUCUUCAUUGCGUCUAUUGGAAAUCCCGAACCCGAGUACCAAUCCACCCGCCACAACGUGGGUCAUAUGUUCUUCGACUACCUAACCGCCAGGUGGGCCAGUCAUCUUACUUCCAACGGAGAGUACUACAUCUCGUCCAAGUACCCGAAAGUGGUGCUCUUCAAGUCGUCAAAGUCAUUCAUGAACCUCCAGGGCCGCCCUAUCUCCAAGCAUUAUAGAAAGCAUGGUACGUCUUUGGUGAUUAUUCACGAUGAGCUCCAGAUCGACUUGGGAAAGCUCCAGAUAAGAAAACCCGGCACCAGUGCUCGUGGACACAAUGGGUUGAAGUCCAUCAACUCGCAUCUCCCCAACACGUAUACCAAGGUGGCUAUUGGCAUUGGGCGUCCGCUAGACAAGUCGCAGGUGCUCAAACAUGUCCUCGGCAAGUUCAGUGCUCUGGAGAUGGACAAGUUGGACGAAGUCUUUCCUAGAGCCUUGCGUGAAUUGGAGAAGCUCAUUGAAAGCGCCAGCGACCAGCAAGAGAAGAGAGAAGACGGGAACGUCUCAUCGCACUGA